AUGGAAGAAGUAUUGUCUCCAGAUUCCGCUGGUUUCAAUGAUCCCUUAAACAUAAGCGAGUCUUUGGUUCCCGCGAGGGAGAUUAAACAAGCCGGUCAGAGCAAUGUGACAUUCGACAGUCUUCUACAGCGGCCCCUUCUCCUUAAAGAAGACCUAAAGGAGGGGUGUGGCGGUCAGCUGUGGCCUGCUGGUAUAGUUUUAGCUAAAUAUAUGCUUCGUCGACACCGCUCCAGUUUGGUUGAUAAAACAAUUCUUGAGAUCGGCGCAGGCGGCGGCCUUGUUGGGCUAGCUGUUGCUUCCGGUUGCGAACUUGGUCCAUCUGCUAUACAUAUCACGGAUCAAGCGCCAAUGCUACCCCUCAUGGAAGCCAAUAUCGCUCUCAACAAUCUCUCCACGAUCGUUAAUGCUGCAGUAUUGGAUUGGGGUGUUCCGGCCUCGAAUGAUAUCCCACAGCAUCCCGAUGUUAUCCUCGCCGCGGAUUGCGUCUACUUUGAACCCGCUUUCCCACUCCUAAUUUCGACACUCAAUGAACUUUUAGGUCCCAACUCCGUUUGCUAUUUUUGCUUCAAAAGGCGCCGAAGAGCGGACCUUCGGUUUCUGAAAUUAGCGAAGAAAACAUUCCACCUUACCGAAAUUAACGAUAAUCCUGAUGCUGAGAACUACAAGCGAGAGAACAUCUAUCUAUACUCCAUACGAUCAAAGUCCGGCGCCAGUGGGGAAAAUAUCGUCCUGUGA